GGGUUUAUUUGUAAGAAACCUCCUUCUAGCACCUCCUUUUUUCUCCUUUUGCCCAAACUCACCCAGUGAAUUGGAGCAUUUAAGAAGAUUCCUCUGCCAAGAAGACCAAAGGAACAGAGAAGAAAGGGGCAAAAAGCCAAAAUGAAAUUUGUAGUACUUGCUGUCACCCUUGGGCUAACUUUGCUGCUAGGAGUCCAAGCCAUGCCUGCCAAUCGGCUCUCUUGCUACAGAAGGACACUAAGAGAUCGCAACUGUCACGACCUUCCAGAGGGAGUAACUGACCUGACAAAGAUGGAUGUAAACGUCCAGGAUCACUUCUGGGAUGGGAAGGGAUGUGAGAUGAUCUGUUACUGCAACUUCAGCGAAUUGCUCUGCUGCCCAAAAGAUAUCUUCUUUGGACCAAAGAUCUCUUUUGUGAUUCCUUGCAACAAUCAUUGAGAAUCUUCAUGCAUUCCAGAGAACAUCGUCUCUCAUUUCCCACAGAUUGCACUAUGUCAACAUAACUGCAUUUCAAAUUUCUCUCCAGUGCAAUAAAGCACAGAUUCUAUAAAUUCUUAUUUGUCUAAGACAGUAAA